AUGGUGGCUGCCUCCAAUGGCGUCGAGGUCUCCAAUGGCGUGAAGGCCAGCUCUUUCGAGUACAAAGGCUGGAGGUUCGACAGCGUCUCCGGGCCAAUCCUCAGCACUUGCGAGCGUGGCACGCUCACCGACAAGCUCAGCGCCACCGCCGCCUCCAAAGGCCUCCCAUCGAUUGUGCCGCCUCUGCCUGAGGCCAUCUUCGGACACAGCUACCUCACGAUGACGCACGAGGCUAGCGGUCGCACCUUCAGCUUCGAUGCGGCCGGAGCAAUCGCUUGCUGGAUGCGAGAGUCUGCGCACAAGGGCUCAGGCGGGGUUCGAGUGACCACGGCGAGCUUGCCCUCCUGGAAAAAGGUUGCGGACGAGCAGGAUCUGGCGAUGGGUGCGUCCGACUACGACUGGACAUUCUCGACCGACUAUAGUGGCACCACGGGCGCCGAGAGCCCUCUCUCGCCUACCACAGAGGUGGAGGGUGCACCGGCGCAGUGGGGGGUGCACACUGGCAGUGGCUUGGACAUGGCACUGCUGCGCCGGCGCGACAUACCGAUCUUGCACUUCGUGGACCUCACGCUGUACGAGGACGACCUUGGCGACAACGGCGAGUCGGUGGUGAGGCUGCGGAUGCGCGUGAUGCCCAGCUGCUUCCUCCUCCUGCUCCGCCAUGCGCUCCGGGUGGACGGCGUCCACAUCCGACAGCACGACACGCGGGUCUUCCACAAGUUUGGGUCGCCCCACGUCCUGCGCGACCGCCGGCUGGGCGAGGCGCGCCUCGCUCCGCUGCGCAAGCCGGUGCUGCUCGACGAACCCGCCGCUGCCACAGCCGCCCCGUGGGCGACCACCACGCCACACCGCUUGGCCUGCGAGCAGCAGCAGGCUUCGCUCCGCUCGGCGAGCGUCCCCAACGAACAGCAGGCGGCCGAGAAGCUCGCCACGCUGCCGCCAAAGAGCGAGAGCGUCGAGGAGCUGCUCCUGUGA